AUGGUGAUUGUUCGUGUUUGUGACGAAGACAGUUUCGAAGAACUCGAGGGCAUUCCAGCAAGGGAAUAUGAACUUUCCAGGGAAAAUACCUACGUGUCCCUCAGCAAGCGUCAGUUCUAUUGGAUGAUCAACAUGGUUGCCAACUAUUUGGUGUACACGAGGGGCAUCCAAAGGUCUGCAGAUAUGUAUGGUGGCAUCCAAGACCCUGAGGAAACCUUUGAAGAUGAACAACUUGAGCCAGGUGAGAGACCAAGAGGGUGUUGUGCCAGAUUUUGCAUCAGCAUCGACGAAUUUGGAGUAGAAGAUGAUGGGCCGACUACCUGUGGCAUGAAUAAGAAGCAAUUGUGUGAUGCGGGUAUAUUUGUGGUGCUGUAUGUUCUUUUAGUCUUUAUUUUCUUUAUUGUUAUUUACUUCUCUUACAAGGAGGAAAAGAAGUGUCUUGUUAAACAAUAA